AGGGCCGCCUCCCCCUCCCCGCGCCGCUUAAAUCCAAAUCGGAAUCUCCUCUCCGCGACAACCCGGCACGCGCACACCCGGCCGGGAUCCGCCACCUUCCAGCUCCGCCAGCCGUCAGGCCAUCAGACAAGGAAUUUUCCAGCUUCCUACGGAACUGUCAAGAAUUAGAUGCACAAAUGUUGUUAAGAAUGUCCAUAUCUACUUGAUAUAACUGUGGUAUCCCUCAUACGUCAGAGAGAUUUCUUUUCUUGCCAAGAUGGGAGUUUACCUCAGUACUCCCAAAACCGAUAAGCUAUCCGAAGAUGGGGAAAAUGAUAAACUCAAAUUUGGUCUUUCAUCUAUGCAAGGUUGGCGUGCAAGCAUGGAAGAUGCUCAUUCAGCGUUGCUAGAUCUUGACAAUGAGACAGCAUUCUUUGGUGUUUUUGAUGGCCAUGGAGGAAGGGUAGUUGCCAAAUUCUGUGCAAAAUAUCUACACUCUCAAGUUCUCAGAAGUGAAGCAUAUUCUUCUGGUGACCUAGGAACUGCUGUUCAUAGAGCUUUCUUUAGAAUGGAUGAGAUGAUGCGAGGACAGAGAGGUUGGCGAGAACUAUCUGCACUAGGAGAUAAGAUAAACAAGUUCGGUGGCAUGAUAGAAGGGUUGAUUUGGUCUCCGAGAGGCAGUGAUUCAAAAAAUGAAGAUGAUGAUUGGGCUCUUGAGGAGGGACCCCACUCUGACUUUGAUGGGCCAACAUGUGGAAGUACAGCAUGUGUAGCACUAGUAAGAAAUAACCAACUUGUUGUGGCAAAUGCUGGCGAUUCUCGUUGUGUUAUUUCUAGGGGUGGCCAGGCAUACAAUUUGUCCAGAGACCACAAGCCAGAGCUUGUGGCUGAGAGAGAAAGAAUACAAAAGGCAGGAGGAUUCAUACGAAUGGGGCGGAUAAAUGGAAGUUUGAACUUAUCAAGAGCAAUUGGUGAUAUGGAAUUUAAGCAGAAUAAAUUCUUGCCUCCUGAGAAGCAAAUAGUGACUUCAAAUCCUGACAUCAAUGUUGUGGAACUUUGCGAUGAUGAUGACUUUCUUGUUGUAGCAUGUGAUGGCAUUUGGGACUGCAUGUCAAGCCAACAGUUGGUGGAUUUCAUCCAUGAGCAUAUACACACGGAGAGCAGCCUUUCUGCAGUGUGCGAAAGAGUGCUUGAUAGAUGCCUGGCUCCAUCAACGAUUGGUGGAGACGGAUGCGACAACAUGACCAUGAUCUUGGUGCAGUUCAAAAAUCGAGCUUGUGAGAAGAAAAAGGCUGACUUGGGGGAGCAAUCUGCAAAAGGUGAGGAAGAGUCUGAGGUUCAGUGAGUACAUGCUGUUAAUGGAAAGGCUCUGCCCCCAGUGAUGCUGAUUGCAAUGGUUCUUGACGCUGGCAAGGAUGCAAAUGUGUCAAUCUGAAAUUAUGUGCACGCUCUGUGGCUGGGGUGUCAACUGUAUGUCAGUCCAAUGCUGUGGCUAUGCACAUUCUUCCUGAGAACUCGGGAUAGAUGACAUUGAUUCGUACAACAUCAGAAUAUCCCAGUGUGCAGCCCUGUUCAUCAUCAUGCCAAAGUUUACCAUUUCAGCUAUGGUUUUGAUCAUCGAGGCCUCCAACCUCAUCAAUCUGGUGACUGGUUUGUUCUGAUCUGUUCUAUGUAUGUUGUAAACAUAGCUGGGGCCUUCGUUGUUUUUUGUUGGUAUUCUUGUGCCGUUCAUCCAUAUUACCAUUCCAUGGCUCAGUGGUCUGGCGUUGUUCUGAUCAUGCAAUGUCUCCAAUAUAUUUCUGUUCUUUGCGAAGAAUAUAUAUUUUGUAGCUGUUUGCCAAGGAAA